AAGAAAGAAAGAGCAGAAGCAGCAGGAAGAAGAAGAACCCAAAAAACAUUCUUGAGAGAGGGUUUUGCUAUAUUGGCGGGGGCGAUCAUGAUGCGAUUCAAGAGCGGAAGCAAAGUGGAGGUGCUGGAGAAACGAGAUUCGCCUUCAGGCUGGUGGCGUUGUGCCGAGAUUGUGUGUGGGAAUGGGCACAACUACUCUGUGAGGUAUGAUGGGGAUGCUGAAUUGAAGAGGAUUUCGAGAAAUGCUAUCAGGCCAUGCCCACCUGCAUUUGAAGUUUCCGAUGCUUGGGUUCCGGGCGAUGUAGUGGAGGUGUUUGAUGACUGCACCUGGAAAAUUGCCACGAUCACAAAGGCAUUUGGCGAUAAUUACUUGGUGAGGGUGUUGGGAUCAUCUGCUGAGUUCAAAGUCAGCAACUUUUGCAUUCGAACUAGGCAAUCUUGGCAAGGUGACAAGUGGGUUGUUAUUGGAAAGGGAAAUGGGAGCUGCAAAGAUAGGAAACCCCAGGGGAAGUUAUCCCUGAAGAAGAAAGCAAAUGAGAAAAAUGCUUCUAACGUUCAAUUGGUGCACUCGAGGAAAAUUGUGGUGAGGGAAAAUGCAGUUAUGCCGGGAGCGAAUAAGGGAAAUCUCCAGAAACACAACAUGACUGUUUGUAAAAAUGUGAAACGAGGUGCUUAUGGUGAUUCGCAAGCUGAAGCAUAUUACUUGACUCCAAGAAAAUAUAGAGCUGUUGAGAGAGGGGGCAGGCCGAACCGACUGGUUGCUGCUAAUAAAUCUUCGCUGUGUGAAGAGGUAUUAGCCAUUGGUUUCCCCAGCCAAGCUGGGUUUUCCGAAGUGGAUGCUGAGAGGAGGCAGCUUGGUGGAGCUGUUGGAUGUUCAUAUGCAACAGACCUAGAAUCUAGUGAUGCCGAUAGUGUUGCAUGCUCAGUUGGUAGUUGUAGCAUUGAUGACAACUAUUCCAAUAGAUUCCGUCUUCGUGCAGGCCAUAUUGAAGAUGCUGAUUGCAAUUCUAGUGAUGCAGAAUCAUUCUGUCCGCGCGAAGAUCAGGAGGCAAACAUCCCCCUUCCAACACAAGAGCAGUUGACUGGUGAAAUCCAUAGGUUAGAGUUGUAUGCCUAUCGUUGCACGAUAGAGGCAUUGCACGCUUCGGGCCCAUUGAGUUGGGAACAGGAAGCAUUGGUGACAAAUCUUCGCCUUUCCCUCCAUAUAUCAAAUGAUGAACAUUUGAUGGAGGUCAGAAAUUUAAUUUCUGCUGAUAGUACCAUUCCUUCUAGAUGACAAGCCAAAAAAACUGGAUUCUUUCUCUUGUCAAAUUCAUUUCCUGUAGCUGUAGGUUCUUUGCAAACGUUACUUAGAUGCUCCAUUGUAAGAAGCAGGUUUAACAUUUUGUCCUCAUUGCCGUUAGUUUUAAAUCGUAUAGCCGUUGAGUUAAAGUGAAUGUACCAGAAAAACCUCCUGAGUAAUGAAUAUACUUCUACUCAUCUUUGCCUAUUCCUGUUACUUUAUUUCCUUAAAGUUGGCAUUUUAUUCUGUAUGGGGGCAUUUGAUUCUGUAUGGCCUUUGAGAAACAACUUAUGGUACAUGCUUUGAGUUCAUGGGAGUACAUGCUUAGCUGUUAAAUCAUAUGGGAGCUGAUUAUGGUUUGGGUUCUGUGUAUGAAACAAUGUGGACUGUUUUAUCUUGGUGUUAUCUGUACCAAUUGCAGUGGAGAAAUUUUGCUUACAGGAUACUAUUGAUUCGUUAUGAUGUAUUUUCCAGGGCCAAAGUAGGAGGCUUGUACACCUCAAUUCAAAAGUGUUCAAGGAUGAUUUUGGGGUUUGCUGCCUUCUCUUGGUCUGCAUAAUUGUCCAUCCGUAGAACAUGAUAUUAUCAGGCUGCUUACUUCUUUGGUUGUUGGCCUAUGGCUCCAGGCAAAUAUAUGGAUCACAGAUAUUGGGAUCUACUGAAACAGCAGCCCUGGCUAUCUGGUUGCUGCUUGAUGAUCUCACUUGUGAGAUAUAAUGUAUCAGGAUGUAUAUGACUAGAGGCAUGAGAAAUCAACCGCUGAUCAUAUCACAGCUAUGUUUUUUGAUGAAUAAUCACAGCUAUGUUAGCAUUUACUGUGUUCAGGUCAGUUUGAAUCAGACGUUCACAUUGUCACAUUGUGUCGUGCUUGUAGAUGACUGAUCAGAACGUGUGUGGAUCAAGACCUUGUCCAGCUCUGGUCAGAAGAACUGAAGAAGGCUGGAACCAUACGAAUAAAGCACAUGCUAAGGCCUCCAGUGACAUUAGGGUGCGAUGAUCCCCCGACGAUGUCACAUUGUCGAGUUUGACACUCAAGAGGCAGAUGCUGGAAACCUUGGUCUGGGAUAUACAAGUCCCCGUCACACAUUUGUUCUACUGGCGGUCCUAUCCGUCCAACUUAAGGCAGAUAUGGCAUGAAGGAAGUUUACCAGAGGCACAGACAUGAGAGGACAACAGUUACAAGCGAAACUCAACUCGUCUCUCUGUUCUCGCCAUCACAUCUUCCCUGUCAUCGUGUAACUCGGAACAUCACAAAGCUUGUGGAGGGAGAAAUUCCCUCCAAGCAAGCUGUAUGCAGGCAUCAGAGACCAGUAGGAAGAUGAUAGGAGCUCGUUUUGACCCUUGGAUACUGAGAUGCUGGAAGAUGAAUAGCUGAGAGUCGUUGUGUUUACUACUAGUCUGCAGCAAUCUACCACCACCAGAACCUUAGCAAGGGUGAAACUUGAAAGGCAGCCAUUGAAGAUAUAGGCCUAGGUGACUUGAAGCCCAUUGGGUCGGAUCUCAGAAUUCUGCAGACCCAUAUCCGUUCCUAAUACUGUGGGCUUGGCCCUGAAAUAUGAUACCCUUAAGUUAUCAGCAUGUUAGGCCUGGUUUCAGCCUGUGUACUGAUCAUCACAGUGAAAGGAAGGAUGGAUUUGAAUUGUUUAUGUUCUUCUUGCCUCCAGUUUACCUGUAAUCUUUUUGUCCUGACAUCUUCAGCCUUUAGUAAAGGAAUGAAUCCCUACCUCUCCAAUGUGUAACAUUCCUCUUAAGUUACUACUUACUUGGCGUGCAGGCAAAGAAUAUCAAGCUAUAGUCUUUUCGUCCA